AUGCCGUCUCGAAAACGCUCGCUCGCAGUUGCUGAUGGAGAAGAUGGCGAGAACCAAAUUUCCUUACAGCAUCGAAUUCGAAAUAUGUGGCAGUUUGCGAAUCUUUGCCAAUGGAUCUAUAUCUUUGGCAAAGCUGCGAAAAUCGAUGAAGCCAUCGAUGUCGAGGAAAUCGAGGCCGAGUGCCUGAAACCAAAUUCGACUAUGCUAACGGAUAUUGCCCUUGCCCUUCUCAAACUCGUAUCGUCGCAUCGUGGUUUAACGCACGAAAUCUUUGACGAUCAAGCGCGCAAGCAAUUUGCAAACAGAUCGCCGAAUUACAACCCUUUCGGUUCUGCCGAGGCACCACUGAAGUUCAACGAUUUCGAUGUUUUUACAAAGAUUAAAGUGAUGCAACAACUGACCCAAUGGGUAAUGAUCCACCCGGAGCGCAUUCGAGACAAAAUGGAAGAGCAAAAAGACGCCGAGCAAACAAGUUGGCGAAUAGAGCCAUACGGCUGGGAUGCAGACGAUCGAACGUACUUUGUGCUCGAUGAUAACCGAAUAUACCGCCUUACCGAAGCCCCAGCAUCCAAUAAACCAACCAAACCCAAAAAGUCAAGAGUGUCUUAUGGAAACCGACGUGCAAGUAAACGACGACGCAGUACUAUGAAUGCUGAGGACGAAGCGACCGAACUAGACCCAGAGACAAGCAAUGAGUCACCAAUUGAAGACGACGGCCUCGGCGGAAUGACAUGGGAAUGUCUUGCUGUAACUUUGGACGACGUACGAGCCAUUGUUGAAGGUUUUCGGAAGACACGCGAUGAGAAUGAGAAGAUUCUACGGAACCAACUAGAGGAACAUCUCGUUCCAAUCUUGGAAAAGCAAGAACAAUCACGACAGCGAAGGGAAUUACAGAGAGAGCGCGAAUUGGCAAAUGCAGUCAAGAUGGCGAACGCAAAGCGAUCAAGCCGAAUUGCUGGAAAGGUCGAACAACAAAAACAUGACCAACAAAGUCGAGAAGAGGAACGACAACGGCGAGAAGAAGAAUCAACUCGGCAGCGAGAAGAGCUGGCGCAAGCCAAGAUGGAACAGGAGCGCGAUAAACGGAUGGUCUCACGGGAACAACGAUUACGAGAACGCGAGGCGCGGCGAAUCCAGCACGAGGAAGAACUUGCCCAACUCUCUGAGGAUAGCAAGAACCUUUCUAACAGCAAUGGGCGAGCUUCCGAACGCCGUCUCAAAGUAGAGAUCGAGAGAAACAAACAAGCUUUGAAAGAGCUAGAAGAUGAGGAGGAAGACUGGAUCUUUGACUGCAUUUGCGGUCUCCAUGGCCAAGUCGACGACGGUGCUCACAGCGUAGCUUGCGAAAGAUGCAAUGUCUGGCAGCACAGCAAGUGUAUGGGACUAAGUGAAGAAGCCGCCGAUCAGCCGGAAUUUCACUACAUCUGUACUUCCUGUACCCGUCGUGAGCAAGAAGCCAAACGGCCCCGACCAACAAUCAAAUUGAAACUCAACCGCCCAUCCAGUUCAGGCACACAGUCAGACGCAUCUCGAUCUUUGGGUCACACCAGUUCGCCUAUCAAUGGGGAAGAGUCUAAGAAUGCCAACCAGGCACCAGAUGAAACCCACAACACGAUCAACAAUAACGUUGAAGAUGGCUUGACCUCAUCGACUUCUGCCCCUAGUACUAGUGUCAAUGGCGCCGGUAUCUCUGAUACUAUGACUGACGCUGAUGCCCGUUCAGGGCCAAGCAAGGGGCUGAUUGGCACACCCAAAAUGACACCGGUGAUCCCGGCACCUGUCAAGCUGGAUGCUAGCUUUCAGGGCAGCUCAUCAGGCAGUGCGGCUAUGACCAGUCCAAUGACGUCUUUCCGGACACCCAGCCCUUGCAAAGGCAUCGACAGUUUCCAAGGGGACAAGACAGUUGAGUCAGCGUUGAGUACACCCCAAAUUAGUCGAGAGAUCUACCGAGCAGCACACGAGCAGAAUGGCACUAUCCCUUCUAUUGCUGGGCUUUCUCCGACCAAACACUCGCCCACUCGUCCUAUGGAUUCUUCCAAGUCAAACCGAUUCAAGGCUGCCACUCCAAUACUACCUCCAGUAGCAUUAUCACCAUCUCCACAGCAUCAGAUUUUGACACCGCCUACCAAACACUCGGAGCCACCAAAACCGUUCGAAAACCGAUGA